AUGGCCGUCCCAGCCUAUCACAUGGCUCAUGCCAUGGCAAUACGAGACGGCAGCGAUCUCUCUCCGGCCGAUCAGUUCCUGCGUUUAAUUCAAAACCCAUUUAAAGAAGCUAUCCAACUCAAUGCUUUUUGGGUCUCGCUCGCUACCUCUCUCGGCAUAUCUCUUCUGCUCGCCCUUCUCUUUUCUAUAUUCCGACCAUAUCAUAACGCGAUCUAUGCGCCGAAAGUCAAGCAUGCCGACCAAAAACACGCCCCUCCACCAGUGGGCAAAGGAGUCUUUGCCUGGGUUCCGCCAGUGUUGAGCGUCAAGGAAGAAAAUAUUGCCGAUCGAAUUGGCCUAGACGCUGUCGUCUUUCUACGGUGCGCCAACAUGAUGAGAAAUAUAUUCUUGGUGUUGAGUGUCAUCGGUUGUGGUAUUCUCAUUGCUGUCAACAUCACCCAGAGCAAUGGGUCCGCUGUUCCGGGCACUUCGACUUUUACGCUCAUGACACCGUUGUAUAUUAUUUCUGAAGCUGUGUGGGCUCAGGUUGUCUGUGCAUAUGCUUUCGACAUUGUCAUUAUGUUUUUCCUGUGGCAGAACUAUAGACAUAUUCUGGCCUUGCGGAGACGUUAUUUUGAUAGCCCGGAUUAUCAAAUGAGUCUCCAUGCCCGGACUUUGAUGAUUACGAGUGUUCCCCCAAACCUGCGUUCGGAAGAAGGAUUAAUGCGAUUGACGGACGGCGUCAAUCCAACUUCAUCGCUACCACGGACCACAAUUGGACGAAACGUGAAAGAUCUUCCCUCGCUGAUCAAGAAGCACGAAGAAGCCGUCAGAGAGCUAGAAUCAGUACUGGCAAAAUAUCUCAAAAAUCCAAACCGUCUUCCUAUCAACAGGCCCACAAUGAGCGUUCCCAGAAAACUUCGAGGCGAUGGUGGCUCGGGUAAAGUCGACGCAAUCGACUAUCUGACAGAUCGAAUUCAAGAAUUGGAGGCCAAAAUAAAGGAUGUUCGCCAAUCAGUCGACAAGCGCAACCCCAUGCCUUAUGGUUUCGCUAGUUGGGAAGCCAUCGAACACGCCCACGCCGUCGCGUACACAGCCCGCAGGAAGAAGCCUCAAGGCACAAUCAUCAAACUUGCCCCGAGGCCGAGCGACAUCAUCUGGGAGAAUCUUCAUUUGUCACCACAAACGAGGAGAUGGCGCCGAGUGGUCAAUGUUUUUUGGGUUACGCUACUGACGUUGUUGUGGGUUGCGCCUAACGCUAUGAUUGCCAUUUUCCUUUCCGAUCUCAACAACCUAGGUCUGGUUUGGCCUGCUUUCCAGACUUCUCUGGAAGCACAUCCGAAUACAUGGGCGGCCGUGCAAGGUAUUGCUGCGCCUGCAUUAACGUCCUUGAUUUACCUGAUCCUGCCAAUCUUUUUCCGACGCCUCAUGCGCCGUGCAGGUGAUAUCACCAAAACUGCUCGAGAACAGCACGUCAUUCACCACCUGUACUUUUUCUUUAUCUUCAACAACCUGAUAGUCUUCUCUCUGUUUUCUGCAGCGUGGACUUAUGUGGCAGCCGUUAUCAAUGCAAAGAAUAACAAUGAAACCGCGUGGCAGGCCAUCCAGGACGGUCAAUUCUGGUACAAGGCAUUGUCUGCUUUGUGCCAAGUGUCUCCAUUCUGGGUCACUUGGUUGUUGCAACGAAAUCUCGGUGCCACCCUGGACCUGGUCCAGUUGUUUACGAUUGUAUGGCAAUGGUUCAUGAAGACGUUCAUGGCGCCGACUCCCCGCCAGAGUAUCGAAUGGACAGCCCCCCCUCCAUUCGACUAUGCGAGUUACUACAACUAUUAUCUUUUCUACGCAACUGUGGCCUUCUGCUUCGCAACUUUGCAACCAAUCAUUCUCCCAGUGGCCGCGCUUUACUUUGCCUUGGACUGCUAUUUCAAAAGAUAUCUGCUGCUAUACGUCUUUGUCACCAAAAAUGAGUCGGGCGGUCUUUUCUGGCGAAUCGUCGUCAAUCGAAUGCUCUUUGGGGCAUUUUUGUCUAACGUCGUGAUUGCCUUGGUCGCCAAGUCAAAGGGUACAUGGAUAAUGGUGUAUUGCUUGGCUCCUCUGCCAUUCAUCAUACUAGGUUUCAAAUGGUUCUGCUCUAGGACUUAUGACGACAAUAUGGUUUACUACAACAAGGGAGUUAUGAACGAUGCGGAAGCUCUAGGGGCUUCUAUGGGUAAAGGUCCCAAGCGGGCAGGUGAUCGCUUAAACUCGCGCUUCGGCCAUCCAGCUCUCUUCAAGCCUUUGAUGACGCCAAUGGUCCAUGCGCGGGCUGCAGAGGCAUUGAAAUCAAUCUAUAGGGGUAGACUGGGCAAUUUCGACACUGCCGCAGAAUACUCUGAUAUCGCUAUGCAGUCCAUGUCUAGGUCCGCUCCUGGAAAGCCUAUGGUUUCGGCACCAUUCGAGGUUGUCGCCGAAAACCAACUUGAUUUCUCGUAUUUCAAGAACCACGCUGAUUUCAGGGAUGAGUUUGGCGGUGGUAUCUAUGGACGACCGGAGGACCUUAUAUCUGAACGAUCCCAUACCCCCCGACCGUUCAUGGGCGAUUCCCCGACUUCUUCGCGAGCGUCGUCGCCUGUAUCUUCAAUCGCCCGCAAACCAACCGAGGGGUACGAUUUGGGCAUGCAGCGACCGCUUGAUAUGAAUCACCCAGCGUUCCGACCUCAAAUGUCUCGUGUCAGCAGCAACGUCACUGAUCCACACGGGCCGUCCUUGUAUAUGCAGUCGAACGAGAGUGAGUCUCGAUUACUAAGUCACGCCCAACACCCUGCUGUCGAGGGAGACCCAAUCCAUACCAUGGAUCGAUGGCGAGUACGGGGCUAUGGCCCUGUAGCUCAAGAUGAUAACAAUCCUCCUCCGACAUCAUAUGAUUAUUUCCGCGGCAGACGAUGA